AUGUCAACGAGUAUUCCUGUCAUGGAAUCAGUAACGGAUGCAGUGUCCGUGGCUCUGAAGCAACACAAACCGCUCAUUGUCAUUGCCAAUGACAAAACAAACGAUUCAACAUGGGCUUAUGAGUAUCUUCUGACUCCAGAGGUCCAUGAGCUUAUUAAGUCCGGCCAGGCUGUAGUCCUCCGCAUUGCAGCCGGAUCCCAGGACUUUCUCAAUUUCACUCGUAUUUUCAAGGUCCGUGGAUUACCCGCAAUCUUUGUUAUUGAUAAUGGUGUAGCACAGGUUGACAUCUUUCGUGGGGGUGAAAAUACCAACUUGACGGACUUUACAGCUCGUGUGGUUGCUGUGGCCAAAGUGGCAGAAACUCGGAGAGCAACUCAGUCCGGAGCCGGAAGUAGUUCGAGUUCCGGUACUACUGCCGCUACUGCUGCUACUGCUACAUCUACCGCUACUGUUUCAGCUUCAGCUUCAGCUUCUACCGCGAAUACCGGUACCUCAAGUACUACAACCUUAUCUAGUGUUGAAACAAGUCGCGCUCCGAGCGUGACGGCAUCAGCAACACCUAGUUCCGCAACUAAUGCUCCUGCUGCCGCCAACAAUACGCCACAACUGACAUCAUCGUCGUCAUCAUCGUCAUCAACACCAUCAUCGUCGUCGUCAUCAUCGCAUAAAAAUAACCAUGAUGACGAUAUUGAUAAACAGGAGAAAUCAGCCCAGCGGUACCGCGAGGCACUUCAGAAAAAGAAGCGAGACGAGCUAGAUGAGCGCGCCCGUAUCAGAAAACUCCUCGAGACUGAUCGCAAAGAACGCCAAUCUCGCGAAUCGUAUAACCGCAGUUUACACCAUGAAGAGGAACCUAAAAAUAUACCUCCAUCACCUGAAGCAACACCGACUUUGGUUGCGUCGCGGAGCAUUCAUUGCGCCUUGCUUAUACGACUGUUUGAUGGUCAGCCUAUGAAGCACCGCUUUGCAGCAACCGACUCCCUGGCAACUGUACGCUCUUGGGUUAAUGCUGAAGCAAGCCCUGCAGCUGGUUUAAAUGACACUCCUUACACGUUUUUCGAUCCGCUGGCACGGCGUACUUUUAACGAAAGUGAUGAAGACACCGGUCGUACACUUGCAGAUCUUGGCCUGACGCCGUCAGCAACAUUGGUGCUAAAGCCUGUGCGUGGCCACGUGUCUUCGGCAUACGGAAGAGAUGGUGGCGGAGCUAUAGGCGGUGGUAGUGGAUUCAGGCCUUAUGCACUUGUUGGGAAUGGUGUGAGAUCUGUUUUUGGAGCACUGUCUGGGUUUCUUGGAUAUGGUGGUGCCAAUACAAACGAUGGGAAUGAAGCAGAGCAAGAACCGUUGCAUGCCGGAGAUCAUUUGUUGUCUGAAAGAGACAGUACUGAACACGGGAAUGACGAACGGUUUGGAGAAGAAGGAUCAGGCCAUGGAGGAAUUUCGCAGAACAGUAGCCAUGAAGGGCAUAAUACACAUGAUUCAGUUGCCGGUUUGACGCGCCGGUAUGGAAAUAUUCACGAAGCUCAUGGAAGCAACAGCAAUCUGCAUAGCCGGUUUACUGGAUUUUCCGGUACAACUACGCCAUCGGGACUUUCAACACGAUACAAUUCUGUGGCAUCGUUCCAUGAUUUAGCAGUGGCUGAGGCUGCUGCUGCCGCUGCUGCCGCUGCUGCAUCUAGUGGAAGUAGCACUGGAUCUGGAAGUAGCGGGUCGUCUGCGGCCAGCGGGACUGGUGAGGGAGAUAGUGACGACAAGCGCAAAAAGGCAGACCGCAUCACGUACAAUGGAAAUAAUCUUAGUUUGGAGGACUAUGGCGAUGAUCACGCCAAUGAAUAA